AUGGCCAACGUCGUAAACUCAACCUCUGCGAAAUUAAAAAUUUCUCCGACGCUGGAGAUCAAUGAACUGGUUUCAAAAGCUCGCGGGGAAGGCAAACAUGUCGUCCAUUUAGGCUUCGGCGAGGCGACAUUUCCUAUCCAGCGAGAAGUCCUUCACGCUCACAAGGAAGCAUCCAAAGAAACAAGCUAUAUGCCCGUUGCUGGAUUAGAGGAUUUACGAACGUCCAUUGCAAGUUUCAAUGCGGAUCGUCUCGGUGUCAAUAUCAGUCCUGAUCAGGUGGUUGUUGCUCCCGGGUCGAAGCCGCUGCUUUUCGCUUUAUUCGAUAUACUCGAUGGCGCUGUGUUGCUUCCUCGUCCCUCAUGGGUCAGUUAUGAGCCACAGGUUCUACAUGCCGGGAAAAAGCUUUUCUGGGUUGAGACGGAUGCUGCCGAUCGUCACACCAUCUCCGAGUCAUCCCUUCUCUCUACAUACGAGAAGGCGGUCUCAGAAGGCCAAGUUCCUCGCAUCAUGCUGGUCAACAGCCCAUCAAAUCCGACGGGUCACGUCUUUUCUGCCAGCUGCGUUCAAACGAUCAAAGAGUUUUGCAAAUCGAAGGAGAUCAUUCUCAUCACAGACGAGAUAUACUCCGAUAUCUGCUUCGAUGAGUCUCAGAAAGGAAUCAGCCCGUUUGACAGUACCACUGAUGAUUCCGAAACCGUGAUCCUCACUGGUGGGCUAUCAAAGACAUAUUCGGCUGGUGGCUGGCGCGUAGGCUAUGCCAUCUUCCCCCCGUCGGAAAAAGGAGAAAUUAUCCGCAAGACAGUUCUCGCAUAUGCAUCUGAAUGCUGGUCCGCGGCAUCCGCACCGGCCCAAUUUGCAUCCAUCAAAGCUUUCUCUACGAGUGAAGAUAUGUGCACAUACCGCAAGUCUGUGACCGCCUUGCAUCGAUACUGCACAUUGAAGCUCUAUUCUGCACUUAAGGAACUGGGGUUGGAUGUUGGACAGCCUGGCGGCGCUUUUUACGUCUACCCAUCUUUCUCUCCAUAUUCAACGCAGCUAAAUAAGCUCGGAAUUAUCACCAGCGCCGACCUUUCAGCGUGGCUGAUACGAGAAUGUGGACUGGCUGCCCUACCUGGCUCUGCUUUUGGAGAAGAUGACAAUGGGCCCCUGCACGGACGGUUCCGACUACGGAUGGCCACCAGUUAUUUGUAUUUCCAGAACGAGGUUGACCGUUAUGAAGAGGGAUAUGAUCUCCUCAAGCGCUGUGCUUCCGGGGAAGAGAUCCAGCUUCCGUAUCUGGAGGAGGCGAUCAAAUCCCUUGGAAAUGCGGUAUGGAAGCUGAAAAACGUCCGUCUCUAA